AUGCUGCGAGCCAGCGGCCACGACGUUCGAGCCGAUCAUCCUCCGUCCAGUCCUAUCCGCCGAUUUGUACAACCAAGCUUACCCCACCCGCAAGCCGCCGUUAUUGAGGAUGCCGAGGAUGCCGAGUUCGUUUCGAGUUCACCAGCUGUCCAGGAGGGCAGCCGCAUUCGCCGCGACGCCUUCAGUCCCAACUACUUCAAGACAUUCUUUGUCGAGGAAAAGGAGCUUGGUCGCGGGGGGAAAGGUGUCGUGCUACUCGUCCGUCAUGAAAUUGACGGCUGCCAUCUCGUACUCGUCGAAGUCGAGUUGCUCGCCAAACUGUCGCACCCGAAUCUGGUCUCCUACCGCCACGUCUGGCUUGAGGACGUCUCGUUGACUCGGUUCGGCCCGAGUGUGGCAUGUGCCUUUAUUCUACAACAAUACUGCAAUGGCGGCGACUUGCUUCAAUACAUUAUUGGUGACCAACCCAAGGAAUCCACGAAGGAGCAGCUCAAGGCGCAGAUGCGACGCAAGUCCAAAGGCCAACUCGAACUGCCUCGCGACCAUUUCGCUUCACAGAGAUUGUUGUCUUUUGAGGAAAUAUUCUCUCUCUUCAAAGACAUCACCUCUGGACUCGCAUACCUCCACGCUGCCAGUUACAUCCACCGUGACCUCAAACCGAGUAACUGUCUUUUACAUCGCGAAGGCAGUGGGCUGCUCUGUCUAAUCAGUGAUUUCGGCGAGGUCCAGUCUGAAAACAUGGUCCGCAAGUCAACCGGAUCGACCGGAACUAUUUCCUAUUGUGCCCCAGAAGUUUUGAAGAAAGACUUGACGGGUCGCUACGGCAACUUCACCGUCAAGUCUGAUAUCUUCUCUCUUGGAAUGAUUCUUUACUUCAUGUGCUUCGGCCGUUUGCCUUACCGCAGUGCAAACACGAUCAACGAAGAACUGGAAGACAUCGAUGAACUGCGCGCGGAAAUUACCGACUGGCAGGGCUUCCAAGACGAACGCAGAGAGCGCCCAGAUCUUCCAUCAAAGCUUUACCAGCUUCUUAAGAAGUUGCUCGCCCUCGACCCCUCGCAACGCCCAAGCGCAAGCGAGGUACUGGCCGCUAUGAAGACAGAAUCGAGCCUUGAUGGUGUCCCUCGUGGUAGAAGCUCCAGCCCGCCAAUGGGUCUUAAUGGACGCCGCAUCCAGAGUCUGGACUCUCCGAUGCCCCGAGUACCCCUAUUUCAGGGCAGCCGAUGA